GUUGCUGGGAGAUUUCCAGAUGAAAAUCGCUAUACAAGGCAGUGGUCUGCUCGUCUCUGGCCUGGUCUUGCGAGGCUGCCAAGGAGAGGGGUAGCAAUGCCACCAGCCAUCAGUUUGGCUGUCUGGACACCUGCCUGCUAGGGACUGGACCAACGCCUGCUAGAGAUUUUUAGGGAAAACUACAGGAAAAGAAACGUAACGUUGGCCAGAUGACGCCUGGGGGAAUAAAGAGGCGGUGGCAGCUGUUGGCUGAGCUGCGGCGCGAGCGUGGCACGCUGCCGCGGAGGAAGGGAGCGGACGUGCCGAGGGCAUGGAAAACCUGCCCGCCGGCAGACAGGUCCGGGGCCAUUCGCCGCUGGGGGGGCGGUUUUUCUGUCUCUGCUCCGGAAGGAGGCUGGGACCGCGAACAGCAAACAGCUUUGGCCAAAGAGGAGGGGAAGGGAACUGCAGGGCAGGCUCAGCCCAAGCUUUUCUGAGCUGCUGGUGGUGAAAGCAGCUGCAAACGGCCGCUCUGCCUGCGGGAGGAAACGUGGGGCAGGAGGAGGGAUGCCGGACCAACCGUGUCCGCCAGCUGACGGGACUCUGACUUGCUGCGGCGCCGGAGAGCCCCCGGGAGCUGUGUCCGAGCAGCUCUCCACGCCUCGGCACGUGGCUGUGCAUCCCUGAGACACCAUGAUGUCAAACACAGGCCUCCGGGGCUGCUGCCUGCUGGUGCUGCUCUGCCUCCUCCCGUCCCCACAGGUAUGGGCUGGCAGGGAUGCUGCAAGCCCACCAGCGCUCUCCGCAUCCUCCUUCCUGCAGGACCUCCUGCAGCGGUACGGCGAGAACGUAGCCGUGAAGCACCUCAAGGCCCGCCUGACCCGCCUCGACGUGGGAGUGGGACAUGCCAACGUCUCCCAGUUGCCACAGCAGCGUGCAAACCUCUCUCGGGUAAAGCUUGGUGGUAGCUUGUGGGCUGGUGCCGAGUGGCUGUCCUCUGCUGCCUGGGAAUCUCAAGGCAUGUGUCUCUUCCCUCUCCAGUGCUUCAGCUCCAGGCAGCUUUUUGCCAUCCACAACCUGAGUGAGGGCUCCACAGUGGGGCACAGUGAGUUCAAGGAGUUUUGCCCCACCAUCCUGCAGCAGCUGGAGUCGGGGGCGUGUGCCUCGGAGAACCUGGAAAACGAGGAGAACGAGCAGACAGAGGAGAGCAGGCCCAGCUCGGCUGAAGUCUGGGGUUACGGUUUCCUCUGCGUGACCGUCAUCUCCCUCUGCUCCCUGGUGGGGGCCAGCGUGGUGCCCUUCAUGAAGAAGACCUUUUACAAGCGGCUGCUCCUCUACUUCAUAGCUCUGGCGAUUGGAACUCUCUACUCCAACGCCCUCUUCCAGCUCAUUCCCGAGGCCUUUGGAUUCAACCCUCAAGAAGACUAUUAUGUUUCCAAAUCUGCUGUGGUGUUUGGGGGUUUCUACCUGUUCUUUUUCACAGAGAAGAUCCUGAAGAUGCUCCUGAAACAGAAGGACCAGCAUCACCACGGGCACAGCCACUACAGCCCCGAGGCCCUGCCUUCCAAGAAGGACCAGGAGGAGGGCAUCACCGAGAAGCUGCAGAACGGGGACUUGGACCACAUGAUCCCUCACAUAACCGGCGAGCUAGAGUGCAAGACCCCCUCUGGGGACGAGAAGGUUGUCGUAGGCUCCCUGUCUGUCCAGGACUUGCAGGCCUCCCAAAGCGCGUGCUACUGGCUCAAGGAGGUGCGGUACUCUGACAUCGGCACGCUGGCGUGGAUGAUCACCUUGAGCGAUGGCCUCCACAACUUCAUUGAUGGACUGGCAAUCGGGGCAUCCUUCACCGUCUCUGUCUUCCAAGGGAUCAGCACCUCCGUGGCCAUCCUCUGUGAGGAGUUCCCUCAUGAACUGGGGGACUUUGUCAUCCUGCUCAAUGCUGGGAUGACCAUCCGCCAGGCACUCUUCUUCAACUUCAUCUCGGCCUGCUGUUGCUACGUGGGGCUGGCCUUCGGGAUUGUGGCCGGCAGCCACUUCUCUGCCAACUGGAUCUUUGCUCUGGCUGGAGGAAUGUUUCUGUACAUUGCACUGGCUGAUAUGUUCCCCGAAAUGAAUGAGGUCAGCCGGGAGGACGAGCAGAAUGGCAGCACGUUGAUCACCUUCGCCAUCCAGAAUGCAGGGCUGCUGACGGGGUUCACCAUCAUGGUACUGCUCACCAUGUACUCUGGCCAGAUCCAGAUAGGGUAGGACCAGCCCAUCUCGGAGACCUGUAUCAGUUUUUCGUUUGGGGGGGAGGGAGGGAAGGGGGAAUUUUCUUUUUUUCUUUUCCUGCUGCAAGCAUACGACGGUACCUGUGCAGGCACUGACAGCACAAAGCACUACAGAAGAAGAGGCAUUGCUUUUAAAACUAUUCCAUAGACUUCAUAUUAUUUUGAUUCAAGGGUGAGGGGAGGCUUAAUCCCCUUUGCCCUAGGACCGAACUGACAAGAGGAUCUCUUUCCAGUGUCAUAUCCUUUCCCUCCUCUCCUCACAUCUCCUGGGAAGGAUGGAGUUGGGAUAUAGGAGCUCCUCUAGCCAUGUUGCUCUCCUUAUUUUUGGAGUGGUCUGAUGGGACAUGAUGUUCUCCCAGCCCCUUUGCAGAGGGUGAGGAGGACGAGGGCUGCGGGAUACAGGGCUAGCGCUGGACGCGAGCUGCCUCUGCCUGCUCAUCUACCAGGGAAUGGAUGCACGGGGCAUGAAAAGUACCACUGCAAAGAAGGGGAACGGAGAGCCGCCGUGUUCCCAGGCAUCGCACAGGGAGUUGGUGUUUCUCUCCUGCGUGGGGAGGUGGUAGCGUUCCUUCGGGAGCACAGAGACCAGGACAGGGUCUCCUUCCUCUCGGAGAGUUAUGUACCAGCCAGGUCCUCAGAGCUCCGCUCAAAGAACAGAUGGCCCAGGGCAAGAGGAGCCGACGGAGGCUCGGGGAAGAUGGCUCGUGAUUUGAGCAUCAUCCUUGCUGUCUUCAGAAACAAGUCUCCAGAGCUGCAGCAGUUACUGCCCUGGUUCUGCCCUGCUCUUUCCUGCCCUGGCAGCCUGGAUGAUACCCUGGGAGAACUGGGCCAAGAGUUUUUGAGCAUGUUCUGGGUAGCAACGCUUGGAGCAGAGGAGACCAAACUGUAUCCCAUGCAGGUCGGACUGACGGAUGCAGGCAGCCGCCAGGAGAAGGCUAGCAGGAUGUUGUUACCUCCCUUGGGCUCCCUGCUGCUGUAAGGAAAAAAAUCCUUCCUCUCCUUCUGCAGUGGGAAGCCGUGCAGCGAUACUGCAGAGAAGAGAGCAGCGCUAGGCAAGGGCAGAGCUGGGACGGCGAGCCCUGGCCACAGGCUUCCUAGCUAGGGAAGCGGUCCUUACACUGUGACCAAGUUCACGAUGAGACCUGUGAUCAGACAUCUGUUUUUAAACACUGAUGCUGCUGAGUUGCAGAGGUUCAGGGUGGGGAGGGGGGUGGGGGGUUUUUUGUUUGUUUGUUUUAAAAAGAGACUGUGAACCUCUUUAGGUUGUGUGUUUCCAGCCUUAGGGAGUAGCUAGAGAAGGGUGUAACAGGCACUUCACAGUUCUGCUUCUGGGCUGGCUUCCCCCAGAUUCACUAGGUGAAUUGACUUAUUAUCAUAUUGAUAAUGUCCAUCCCACCCGUGUCACUUGAGGUUCCCUUGCACCCCUUUGUCCCCUCUGCCUGUCCCAAACCCUAUCCUGCAUCCAGCAGUGGCGAGUUUGCGGCCGCGUUGACAAACAGGAGCUGAUUUAGGCAGCUUAACCUAGUGGGUAUAGCGCCAGAUUAGGAUGAAGGAAUGGUGCUGGCCUUGCUUUGAAAAGCACUCUGAGCUCUGCAGAUCAGAGCUACUGACGCGUCCAGAGUGGCUUGUCGCUGAGCGUCAUCCUUCGUUUCCUGCCUGCGCAGGUGGCCGCGAGGUGCAUGUGAUGGGCUCACCGCUGUCCUGCCACCUCGGCUCUGCGCUGCCCUGCCCUGGGAGCAGGGGCUCAGGCCCUCCACACCUUCCUUUCCACCCUUGUUGGAAGGCAAAAUGGAAGGUGUGCCAGUGUAUCCGCAGAGCUUUCACUCCCCUUCCUACCCAUCUAAAGAGAUAAGCCACCUCAGCCUUUAGGGCUGCAGGCAUAUCAGCACCAUCCAGCAGCAUCAUAAGGUAGUUUGAUCACUGGCUGCUGGUGCCUGGUUGUAGUUCCCAAUUUGCCUUAGGUAAAAGCUGGAUUGUAUUCCUCUUAUGCUCCUAACAGUCGUCACUGAGUCCCUAGGUCAAAGUGUGGCACUACCAGUAUCCUUGUAGUACCCUUGGAGUCCAGAGGGGAUCAGCUGGAAAGAGGUGGCAGAGGAUGCAGUUGGCCUGAUUCCCUCCCCUUGCCCUCCCGUGGCUGCCGUGGCACCUUCGAGGAGAGAUGCACUCUGCUUUAUCCCGUGCAGCAGUGCCUCUUGUUCAGGUGGACAGUUGUUGUAAGUCACUCUUCUCUCUGUGCGGCUGGUCCGCUUCAAAGCAGCGUGGUCUGUUCCGGCAGGGCACCCCGGCCACGUCUGCAGCACCUCGUGGUCAUUGCCCACACUUUAGGUGGCUGCUGUGCUGUUUUCCUCAGUAGUCAGGAGGAAAUCCUCUACCUUGGGCCCCUCCUGGGGUAUCUCUGCUGUGUUCAGGCUCGAACCUAAAUAAUUGUGAUCAUUGUCUGAUGGCGUCUCUUGAAUGACUGCCAAGUAUCUCGAGGUGUUGCAGGCCUGUGGUGCUCUGAGACAUGCAGGCAAGGCAGCAAUCAAGAAGAGCUGUGUCCUUUGCCACAGCUUCACAGGACAAGUUCUGGGUUGAAGUUAAGAGAUGACAAGCCUCCUAUACUGGUGUUUGAAGGGAGAGCUGCUACCUUUCCCUGCUGAGAGCUACAGCCCUGUCUAAGUUGAUGUGGAAAAAUUAAAUCCUUUGAAGGGUGGCAUAUGUGUUGCCUGUUCUCUCUCAAGGAAGUAUUUGGAAAGCACCAUAUCAUUGGCAGCUUUCCACAGGGCAGAGGGCAGCUUUAGCCCUGCCAGGGCUAAGUCAUGCCUGGCAGGAGCAGUUCAGUGGUGUGCACAGAUGGGAAGGCCUUUGCACUGGAGGCGAGGAGGGAAAUCUUUUGACAUUGUCCCCUGGGGACUACCUCACAGUUGCAGACUAUGGCUGGGAGGUCAUCUGUGUUUCAGAGAGCUGAAAACGUGGUAAGAACUGAUGCCUAGCUUCCUCAGAGCUGGUACAGGCCCCUCGAUACGCCAUGGAGAUCGUGAGUCUGUGUUCUUCUCGUUUCAAUUUUAACCCUGUUUCUUGCCAACUGAGUCAACUGUGAGAAGUUUGCAACCCAGAGAUUCAGGAGGUGCAAUGUCCCUUGGAGAAACAAGGCUCCUUGCCGAGAGGUACCUAAAAGCUCUCGGAAGGGAUUCUCCCAGCUGCUAGGGGAGUUUUGUGGGACAGGGGACCCUUCUGCCACCGAAGGGCUGUGCGGGAGAAAGUGCCUGUCUCUAGCCUGGGCAGGCCAGUACCAACCCUUGGGGAAGGAAUGGAGCAGGCGGGAGAAUGAGAAGGGAAGGUGACAGCAAUUGAGCUUGUAUGGGGUUUUUAUCUGUGUUUCCCUUUUCCAUGUCUGGUUAGAAGCUCAAGUUCCAUCUCAGUAUUUUAAUAACUCAGGUGUUGUAAGAAAUACUUGUUGAAACAAAGAACAUAACUUAUGUCAUGUGAGUUGUAAAGUUAUUUGUAAAAUUCCAUAAAUAAAAUAUAUUCUGUAACGAC